GCGGGUUUGUGAGACUCUGGUGUCAGGAAAGCGCCAUGACAAAUCCGCCGAGACGAAGCCUCUUCGGCAGUCCCGUUGCCAAGUUGCACCAAGAAGAUAACUCAGACCCGCCGGGGCUAACUUUCCAGGCGCUGGACCGCAUGAAAGUCGAGCGCCAUCGCUUGGAGAGUCGUCGCAUGACCUUAGUGGACACGCUGUGGCAUGCUGCCGUGGCCGACGCUAGCGUUCUGACGUACGACGGGUACGCACGGCUGCAUCGGGCAGUUUCCAAGUAUUGCACGGACAGCAGCGCAAGCCCCACCGACAUGGACGCGGACUGGGCUCUAGAUAUCGAUGGUGACGGAGUGAAGGGCAUUGAUCACAGACAUUUCCACGAGCUCAUGAGUCAGCUCGUCGAAAUGUGGGGACUGCAGCUCCAAGCGUCGUCGGACGAACUACUGGAAUCCAUGGUGCAGGAGCUUGUCGAUCCAGUGUCGCACCUGCUGCGCGAUGGCGAUCGCGUCAACCCCCACGCAAUUGCGACAAGCGUCCACGACAUGCUCGAAUGCGUCGCGCCAAAUGGAUCGUGGGUUUCCUCGAAUGCAACCGUUGUCAGGACGCUCGACAUCGAUUCGAACGCAUCACGGUAUGCCACGACGGCAGCAGCAGUUGCCUACCUCGACCGCAUAGCCGGAACGGACUCGAGAUGGAUAUCCGUGCGAUGUCGUUCAGCUGGGUGGCUGGCCAAGCACGAAGGGGACAAGCACUUUACCGAGCUACAAGCUCUCUUGCAUCGCUUGCAUGUGUCGUUUGACGUGGCACCGCUCAUGCGCCUACGGUUGGAUCCGCUGCUUGAUGCUGCUAGAACGUUGGUGGUGGAUGCGUUCGUCGCCAUGGCGUCUGGGGAAUUGGUGCCUUGUCUCGAAUGGCUGCGAACGUUAACCCCUUCGAUGUGGCGAGUGCUGGCGUCGCCCAUAGGCGCACACUCGUCGUUGGCGAGUCCCCCACAAGUCCAAGCAUAUUUAUUCAAGCUCAGCCGCUUUACACUCAUCCCACAGCUGUGUGCUUUUUGCGACACCGCAAGCAUUCUCGACAAGCAGGAGCUACUGCUGUUCAUGCACACGCUGUCGCCAUUGGAGCUCGGUCACUUUCGCGAAACCGUGCAGCGUCCCAACCACAAAUUCGCCACGACCCCUGGCGUCAAGGUUGCCGUCGCAUUUUUUAGCUCCCUGUCGGCCAUGCAACGAAUGGCCAUGAAGAGCGAGUUGUACGCGUUCGCGCGAGGAACUGGCGACGUCAACUCGUAUACUUCUCCGAAAGAUACGACCAUGUCGUUGCUCAGCAACGUGCCUCCGCCACCUCGACCUCGACAUCGACAAACGUCCCCCAAGCCUCUUCACGGGCGCACUUUAGAGCCCAUCUUGCGUCCGUCAGAGUCCGCACCGCUCAUUUCCUCCACCGACACCAGCGCCAGACCGAUUGUGCAAGUCAAGCCAGACUGGACCAACGCAACGUCGCCCGCCCUCCUCUGGAAUGGAGACGUGUACAGCCCGCCCAAAUCGGCCACGGCAUGGUCGAGAUCGCAUUUGUCUCGAGAGAAGCAGUACUUUGAAGCACGGUACUUUGACCGACCGACGAUCAGUCGCCACGAUCUUGCAUUCAGUCCCCCGCAACACGCCAAACACUUGUCCUUGCCCCAAGUUACCGAGCGGCACAUCAGUGAUUUGAGCUUAGACCAGACUUGGGUGCCUCCCGCCGACUUGUCGGUGAACAGGGGCGCCACAUAGACCACCCCACAUCGCCGUCAUCUUCGUUGCUCCAUCUACCAUGCCUGGACUCUGGCGGCACACCAACCUAAAGUGUUUGCCCAAGUGCAGUGGUGGCAACUUGCCAGGACAUGUCGCCGCGAACUCGAGACUUGAUUCUGUUCAACUAAUGCAUAAAAGGAAUCGCCAGAGUGUCAUGCCUACAUUGGUAAUCACAAUAGGCUAACCCAAGUCGACGACUGCGAUGAC